AUGCGUCAUGAAUUUGCCUCGCCGAGGCCAUUGCGUGCAAAACAUCUCUAUAUCCGUCCAAGCGGGCUCUCUCUUCUUCCAAGGAGAUGCCAUCGAUGGAACAGCUCAAGCAUUACGCCGCCAGCACAAGAGCCCGUUAUAUUUUCUGGGAUCCAACCAACUGGUGUGCCUCAUUUGGGCAAUUAUCUAGGAGCUUUGCAUCAAUGGGUGAAGCUCCAACAAGAUGCAACCGAAGGAACCAAGCUGUUUUUCUCUAUUGUUGAUUUGCAUGCAUUGACGGUACCACAAGACCCAGCCCAAUUGAAGAAAUGGAGGAAGGAGGCCUUUGCAACAUUGCUUGCUGUGGGCCUUGAUCCUAAGCGCUCUACAAUAUUCUACCAGUCCGGGGUGCCAGCACAUACCGAGUUGAUGUGGAUUCUCAGCACGGUGGCUUCCAUGGGGUAUCUGUCGCGUAUGACACAGUGGAAGAGUAAGCUACAGCUGCCAGACGACGCCACCCUUGAUGAUUCAACGGCACGGGCACAGCUUCGACUUGGUCUUUUCUCCUAUCCAGUACUACAAGCAGCCGAUAUUCUUUUGCACAAAGCGACUCAUGUUCCGGUUGGAGAAGACCAAAGACAGCACCUGGAGUUUUCCAGAUACACUGCGAAUAGCUUCAACCACCUCUAUGGGCCCAUCUUCCCUAUACCAGAGGCAUUGAUAUCCCCCGCAAAGCGAGUGAUGUCCCUUAAGGAACCCACGUCAAAGAUGUCCAAAUCGCACGCCGAUGGGAAAUCCCGGAUCAUUCUUACCGACUCACCGGCCGAGAUCCGCAAGAAAGUCAAGGUAGCCCUGACGGACUCGGAGGCAAGCAUCACCUACGACCCGAUCUGUCGGCCUGGGGUGUCUAAUCUCAUCGAAAUCCUAAGCCACCUGGAGGGUGUAUCUUGCGAGGAUAUUGCGGCUGAGUUCCACAACGCAAGUCUUCGAUCAUUCAAGGAACACGUUGCAGAUCGAAUCAUCCAUCAUCUGCAAGAAAUCCGAGAUCGGUAUAUUACGAUCAUGGAUGAUCAGACAGGGUACUUGGAGUCGGUGGCUGAGGAGGGCGCCGAAGCAGCGCGGGCCAAUAGUCGGAUGACCAUGCAGCAAAUCCGGGAUGCGAUGGGUCUGUAA